CAGUGCUGAAAAACAUUCAUAAUUGUUCCACAUUAAUUUUAUGUCUUAUUUCAAACAAAAUAGUUUAAAAACUAAGUUCAGUAAAAGUUAUACGAGGAGUAAUAACUUAACCGGAAAUGGCCAGCACUUCUCGUGCAUCGAGAAGCCAGAAUGCCAGUCUCUCGCAGGCAACCCAACAACCUAUUCGAGAGGUGGACGACAAAGUACGCGCCAUUUUAAACUACAUCCUCGAUCACACUGCCCAAAAGAUUCCUAUCAAGGACAAGGAUUUGGUGCCGGCGGCUGGCGAUAGGAACGAACUAAAGAAGCGUCUGCCGCUGGUCACUGAACUGCUGGCCAAGCGAUUCGGUAUUUUGUUAACCCCCCUGGAUGCGGGCUCAAAGACGUUCGUUUGCAUUGCGGAGGAGCCGGUGGCCUCCAUAUACGAGCUCACCCCGGCACAAAGACCCCAGUUCUCGCUGCUGUACAUCGUCCUCAUGUAUAUCUUCCUGCGCGGCAACCGCAUCGAGGACUCGAAGCUGUAUGGCAUGUUGGAGAUGCUGAAUAUCCAGGACGAAGAGCACGGCUACUUCGGAGCCAAUCCGCGCAAGACGGUCGACGAGACGUUCGUAAAGCAGCAGUACCUGAAACGGGAGCGCUCCCAGCUUAGCGCCUACGACGACCCCAAGACAUUCUUCCUCUGGGGACCGCGCGCCAAGGCUGAGUUCUCCUACGAGCAGAUCGUGCAGUUCGCCUCAAAGCUGCUCAAUCAGCAUCCCAAGAUUUUCGAUCACCACCUGACUAUGUCCCAGGAGGGGGUACAUGCGGAGCAGUAGGAUCUCCAGUAUACUUACAAUAUGAUAAAGCAUUUAUUUAAUUAUAAAUAUUUGACUUUCAAUAAAGUCAAAUCGAAGUAAAAUA